GGUGCAUUUCGUAUGUUCGAUUGCAACGCCAUUUCUCGUACCGCUCGCUCCACCCCCAACCCCUCUGUCUGACGGUCUCCCUCUCUUCCUCUGCACCGAUUCUCUCUCUCUCUCUCUCGCUGUGCCUUUCGUAUGCUCCAUUGCAACUGCUCGCUUUAGUCCGACCUCUCUCUUUCUUUCACUGCACACAUUCUCUCUCUCUCUCUCUCUCUCUCUCUCGAGCAUUGCGUGAAUCCUUCUCAGUUUCCAAUCUUUUUCUAACUCUCAACUCUAAAACCCCACCAAGAAAAGACUGUUGCUUGCUACGUAUCGAGUUUGGAAUCUCCCACUUCGUCGCCUCCGAUUUAUUUUGAGGAUCGAACUCGAACUUGGGCUAGUCUUUGUUUUGCCAAUCGUUCAAGCAGCUCCAUGGAUUCUCAGGUGUUGGUGGCUCUUGCGCUUUCGCUCGUGGGUGGACUGAGCACUUCCUUAGGGGCACUAUUUGUUAUUCUCAACCCGGCUCCAAAUUUGAAGAUGCUUGGUCUUUUACAGGGUUUCGCUGCAGGCCUUAUGCUGAGUAUAUCAUUCCUAGAUUUGGCGCACAAUGCUAUUAACUCAGUUGGCUUUCUGAAAGGGAACCUUUGGUUUUUUGCAGGUGUCAUGUUUUUCGCUUUUGUGGUUAAUUUUAUCCCAGAACCAACGAUUGCCCCCAGUUCUGAAUCAAAAAAUAAGAAGCAUACUGGGGAUGAAGGGGGAAAGGAUGUGAUGAAGAAGCAUCAGCGCCAGGUUCUGUUUAGCGGGAUCAUUACAGCAGUAGGGAUUAGCUUGCAUAAUUUUCCAGAGGGAAUGGCUGUCUUCCUUGGAUCCAUGAAGGGCCUUCGUGUCGGGCUUAACUUGGCAUUGGCCAUUGCUUUGCAUAACAUACCAGAGGGCGUCGCUGUGGCAUUGCCCGUAUAUUUUGCUACACAAAGCAAAUGGCAGGCAUUCAAACUUUCAACACUUUCUGGUCUUGCUGAACCUCUUGGUGUAAUUAUUGUAGCCUAUCUAUUUCCAAGCAGCUUGAGUCCUGAAAUCCUUGAGGGCCUGCUGGGUGCAGUUGGUGGAGUGAUGGCUUUUCUUACCUUGCAUGAAAUGCUGCCGCUUGCAUUUGAUUAUGCCGGACAGAAGCAGGCCGUGAAAGCUGUGUUUUUGGGGAUGGCCUUCAUGUCAGCUAGCUUAUAUUUUCUGGAAAUCAGCUUACCUAAGGAGAUGAGCUUAUAGAGGAUCCUAAUCAAACCCUUGGAUGUUGCUGUUAAUUAUCAGUUUGACAUCAUAGGGCCAUGUAACAAUGCCUGCUGUAUCAUAGAGACAGAGAUCCACCCGACAACUUAGAGGAUCUAGUAGCUAACUUUGUAGUUUCUCUAUUGUCAUGUGACUUGUGCCGAAAGCUGAAGCUAUAUACACAGUCUAUAUAUGCUUCUCUGUAUCAGAAGGAAAGGGGUUGGUGGUGUUGGAGGGGGAGAUGAGCUUACCAUCAUACAUUCAUCUUCUUUGGAGAACUUUUCUCUUUUCCGUUCGCUUAAAUACCAAGCUGAUCCCGCCACACCACAGAAGCAAUAUUUCAUUUUACUGCUUUCCAUUUGUAAUGAAUUGCGUCUCUUUUGCCUGCAGUCAGGUUGAAUUCUUUUAGGAAUUCCCUCGCAUUACAUCGAACGUAAACUUUUUGUGGGAUGAUCCGAUCUCAACUUUGGAAAGGCAUUAUAAUGUUGCCUCGCCUUUGGUCUCUAACUGAAUCUUAAAUUGCUUGCCCCUGCAUAAACGUUA